GCGGCUGCAACGGAUGCGCCUUGCAGCCGUUUUUACGUAUUAUAAAUUAUUGAUUCUUACUAGAACGCUACUGUAAACCUAAAACAUCAUGGGAGACUCCCUAGACGGGAGCGAAAAUGCCCCGGAGGCACAAAACGUAGUCGUUGUAGACUUUCAAGACUUCGCAAAUUACCUUAGAAGGGCUGCAACGGUACUUUUGCCUGAAGAUGACAUCGUUCCACCGGCUUUGAACGCUGCGUUGGACGAUAAAGUGAACCAGGACUGCAUUAGGAAGUUCAUCUCGGACUCCCAAGUGUCUUCCCUUUAUGUGCAACGGUUCUCGUCUAAAGAAGAUGAUAGUGAGCAGCCGACAGAAGGCGAAGAGGAGAAGGAAGCGGUCACCUACCAGAUCAGCAAUGAGGUACACUUCACAUCUCCUCGAGUGGCAGCCUUCGUCUGCAUCAAGCGUGGUCAGGUGAUCGAGGCUGACAAGUCUAUCCACAGUCAGCUGCGACUCAUCAACCUGUCGGAUGGCUCCCCAUAUGAGACCCUUCAUGCCUUCAUCAGCAAGACAAUGGCUCCAUUCUUCAAAAGCUAUGUGAAGGAGAGCGGUCGAGCUGAUAGGGAUGGAGACAAGAUGGCGCCGUCAGUAGAGAAGAAGAUUGCCGAAUUGGAGAUGGGUCUUCUGCACCUCCAGCAGAACAUUGACAUCCCGGAGAUCACCCUGCCUGUGCAUCCUUUGGUUGCAGCUGUCAUUAAAAGGGCUGCAGACGAAGGUCGCAAGCCUCGCGUGGCAGACUUCGGCGACAAGGUGGAAGACUCCACAUUCCUCAACCAGCUGCAGAACGGAGUCAACCGCUGGAUCAAGGAAAUACAAAAGGUCACCAAACUCGAUCGUGAUCCUUCGAACGGCACUGCCCUACAAGAGAUCUCCUUCUGGCUCAACCUCGAGAGAGCACUCCAUCGCAUUCAGGAGAAGAGAGAGAGCAUUGAGGUGGCCCUAACCCUAGAGAUCCUGAAGUACGGUAAGCGAUUCCACGCGACGGUGUCGUUCGAUACCGACACGGGCUUGAAGCAGGCGCUAGCUACCGUCUCAGACUACAACCCGCUCAUGAAGGACUUCCCCAUCAACGACUUGCUCAGUGCUACUGAGCUGGAGAGGAUCAGGUUGGCAGUCCAGCAGAUAUUCUCGCACCUGCGCAAGAUUCGGUCUACUAAGUACCCCAUACAACGAGGCCUGAGGCUUGUAGAGGCCAUCUCUCGAGACUUAGGACAACAGCUACUCAAGGUACUUGGUACUAGGCGGUUGAUGCAUAUUCCAUUCGAUGACUUCGAGCGAGUCAUGACGCAGUGCUUUGAAGUAUUCUCCUGCUGGGAUGAUGAGUACGAGAAACUGCAGGGUCUUUUACGCGACAUAGUAAAGAAGAAGCGUGACGAACACCUGAAGAUGGUGUGGCGUGUAUCACCGUCACACAAGCGCCUGCAGGCUCGCAUGGAGCACAUGCGCCGCUUCCGUAGACACCAUGAGCAACUGCGCACUGUCAUGCUCAGGGUGCUUCGCCCCCGAGCGACGGUGGCAGCUGACCCGGGCGCUGGUGGGGAGCCCACUCAGCCCCAUUCUCUACCAAUGGAUGCUGCCGACGCAAAUGCUAUUGCUGAGGUGAACUUGGCGUACGAGAACGUGAAAGAAGUGGACUGCCUAGAUAUCUCGCGUGAGGGGUGCGAUGCGUGGGAAGCGGCUGUGCGACGCUAUGAAGAUAGAAUCGACCGCGUGGAGACCCGCAUCACAGCCCACCUGCGCGACCAGCUGGGUACUGCGAAGAACGCCAACGAGAUGUUCCGCAUCUUUUCGCGCUUCAACGCGCUGUUUGUGCGGCCGCACAUCCGCGGCGCCAUCCGCGAGUACCAGACGCAGCUCAUACAGCGGGUCAAAGACGACAUCGAGGCGCUACAUGAGAAGUUUAAGGUACAAUACCCUCAAUCUAAAUGCAGCCGUCUGUCCCUGGUGCGCGAUCUGCCGCCUGUCGCCGGCUCCAUCAUCUGGGCCAAGCAGAUCGACCACCAACUCACCGCCUACUUGAAGAGAGUCGAGGACGUCUUGGGUAAAGGCUGGGAGAACCACAUCGAAGGUCAGAAACUGAAGGCAGACGGUGACAGCUUCCGUCUCAAGUUAGAUACCCAAGAGGUCUUCGAUGACUGGGCGCGUAAGGUACAACAACGCAACUUGGGCGUAUCGGGUCGUAUAUUCGCCAUAGAGUCAGUCCGCGCGCGCUCUAGCAAGACAGGCACCAUACUCAAGUUGAAGGUCAACUUCCUACCUGAGAUCAUCACCUUGUACAAGGAAGUACGCAACUUAAAGAACUUGGGAUUCAGGGUGCCGCUAGCCAUCGUGAACAAAGCUCAUCAAGCGAACCAACUGUAUCCGUUCGCUAUAUCGCUCAUCGAAAGCGUGCGCACUUAUGAACGCACCUUGGAAAAGAUCCGCGACAAAGCGUCGAUCAUCCCGCUGGUGGCGGGGCUGCGCCGCGACGUGCUCAACCAGGUGUCGGAGGGCAUGGCGCUCGUAUGGGAGUCAUACAAGCUGGACCCCUACGUGCAGAAGCUCAGUGAAGUCGUGCUGCUUUUCCAGGAGAAGGUGGAAGAUCUGCUGGCAGUAGAAGAGCAGAUCUCGGUGGACGCUCGAUCGCUAGAGACGUGUCCGUACUCGGCGCAGAGUCUGGCGGACAUUCUCAGCCGCCUGCAGCGCGCUAUAGACGACCUGUCCCUGCGGCAGUACAGCAACCUGCGGCUGUGGGUGCAGCGGCUUGAUGAGGAGGUGGAGAAGAGCCUGGCCGCGCGCCUGCAAGCUGGCAUUGAGGCGUGGACCGCGGCGCUGCUCGGCAAGAGUAACGAGAUGGAUCUCUCCAUGGACACGUACUCACCUGCCGAGCCCACCCACAAGCCUGGUGGAGACCCGCAGAUUGCGCGUGUAGUCCACGAGGUGCGCAUCACGAACCAGCAGAUGUACUUGUUCCCAUCGUUAGAGGAGGCUCGCUUCCAGCUGAUGAGGCAGAUGUUCGCCUGGCAGGCCGUCGUCACCUCACAGCAUCGCCUGCAGAGCACCAGAUACCAAGUGGGGGUGGCCCGGGCUCAGACCGCGACGUACAGGAACCUCCUCACCAAGUUGCCGGGGGGGUCUAACCCUCUAGAGAGUGCAUACGACGCCAUUGAACAGAAAAUAUCGCAAGUGCGAGAAUACGUCGAUGAAUGGCUGCGCUACCAAGCGCUGUGGGAUCUUCAGCCUGACAGCUUGUACGGACGUCUAGGCGAAGACAUCACAUUGUGGAUCAAGUGCUUGAAUGACAUCAAGAAAUCUCGCACAACGUUUGACACGUCGGACACCCGGCGCGAGUACGGGCCGGUGGUGAUCGACUUCGCGCGCGUGCAGAGCAAAGUAGCGCUGAAGUAUGACGCGUGGCACAAGGAAGUGCUCGGCAAGUUCGGCGCACUGCUCGGCGGCGAGAUGGUGCAGUUCCACGGACAACUGGCUAAGUCGCGUAGCCAACUUGAGCAGCAGACCAUCGAGGCGGCUUCAACCAGCGACGCCGUAUCUCUAAUCACUUACGUGCAACAACUCAAAAGAGAAGUUCUGGCUUGGGAGAAGCAGGUCGACAUCUACAGGGAGGCGCAACGCAUUCUAGAGCGUCAAAGAUUCCAGUUCCCAGCUCAGUGGUUGCAUGUUGAUAACAUUGAAGGAGAAUGGAGCGCUUUCAACGAAAUUAUGCGCAGAAAGGAUUCCUCUAUCCAAACUCAAGUGGCAUCCCUCCAACAAAAGAUCGUGGCAGAAGACAAGGCAGUAGAGGCUCGUACACUCGAGUUCCUUGCCGAAUGGGAACGCAGUAAGCCUACUGAUGGCUCGACGCGGCCUGAAGACGCCCUGGCCAGGUUGCAAGCUAUGGAGGCUCGAUACACUAGGCUGAAAGAUGAAAGAGACAACGUCGCUAAGGCUAGGGAGGCGCUUGAACUGCAUGAUACUGGCAGUUCAGUGAACAACGAGCGCAUGACAGUCGCGUUGGAGGAGCUACAAGACUUGCGCGGUGUUUGGGCGUCUCUCAGCAAGAUCUGGACGCAGAUCGACGACAUCCGCGAAAAACCCUGGUUGUCAGUGCAGCCUAGGAAGCUUCGCCAACAACUCGAAGCUAUGUUGAAUGAGCUGAAGGAACUGCCAGCUCGUCUGCGCAUGUAUGACAGCUACGAAUACGUGCGCAAGCUUCUGCAAUCUUACACCAAGGUGAACAUGUUAAUAGUAGAGUUGAAAUCCGACGCCCUAAAGGAGCGUCACUGGCGCCAACUAUGCCGCGCACUCAAAGUCGACUGGGCGCUGUCUGAACUGACGCUUGGACAAGUGUGGGAUGCCGACUUACUGCACAAUGAACACAUUGUGAAGGACAUCGUGUCCGUAGCGCAAGGAGAAAUGGCGCUCGAAGAGUUCUUGAAGCAGGUGCGCGAAUCCUGGCAGAGCUACGAGCUGGACCUCAUCAACUACCAGAACAAGUGCAAGAUCAUACGCGGCUGGGACGACCUCUUCAACAAAGUCAAGGAGCAUAUCAACUCCGUCGCCGCUAUGAAGCUCUCACCCUAUUACAAGGUGUUUGAAGAGGAAGCGUUGACGUGGGAAGAGAAGUUGAACCGUAUCAACGCUCUGUUCGACGUAUGGAUCGAUGUGCAACGUCGCUGGGUGUAUCUUGAAGGCAUCUUCAGCGGCUCUGCUGACAUCAAAACCCUACUGCCUGUUGAGACUAGCCGCUUCCAAAGCAUCAGUUCGGAGUUCCUCGGCCUGAUGAAAAAGGUGAGCAAAUCCCCGAUGGUGACAGACGUGCUGAACAUACCAGGCGUGCAGCGUUCGCUCGAGCGGCUCGCCGAUCUGCUCGGCAAGAUACAGAAAGCGCUCGGCGAGUACCUCGAGCGGGAGAGGACUAGCUUCCCAAGGUUCUACUUCGUGGGCGACGAAGACUUGCUAGAGAUCAUCGGCAAUAGCAAGAACAUCGCGCGUCUGCAGAAACACUUUAAAAAGAUGUUCGCGGGCGUCGCCGCCAUCAUCCUCAACGAAGACAAUACUAUUAUCAAUGGCAUUGCUUCCAGAGAAGGCGAAGAGGUAUACUUCACCCAGCCGGUAUCAACGAUAGAGAAUCCGAAGAUCAACUCGUGGUUGUCGCUCGUGGAGCGAGAGAUGCGCGUCACGCUCGCCUGCCGACUCAAGGACGCCGUCGCCGACGUCAAACAGUUCAAGGACGGAAACGUCGAUCCCCAGAAGUUUAUUGAUUGGUGCGACAAAUAUCAGGCCCAAAUCGUGGUGCUAGCAGCUCAGAUCCUGUGGUCCGAGGACGUAGAAGCGGCAUUAGGUGCUGGCGGAGGGGAAGGUCUGAAGCGAGUUCUGCAACAUGUGGAGAACAUGCUGAACAUCCUCGCUGACUCCGUGCUGCAGGAACAACCCGCGCUGCGACGCAGGAAGCUCGAACAUUUGAUCAACGAGUUCGUCCACAAACGUACGGUGACGCGUCGCCUGAUCGCGUCAGACGUAAAUAGUCCGCGCUCCUUCGAGUGGCUCUGUGAGAUGAGAUUCUACUUCGACCCGAGGAACAAUGAUGUGCUACAACAACUGACGAUCCACAUGGCGAACGCUAAAUUCCUAUACGGCUUCGAAUACCUGGGUGUACAAGACCGCCUGGUACAAACUCCGCUGACAGAUCGCUGCUACCUCACUAUGACGCAGGCUUUGGAAGCCAGACUUGGAGGAUCUCCGUUCGGUCCCGCCGGUACGGGCAAGACGGAGUCUGUAAAGGCGUUGGGCAACCAGCUCGGCAGGUUCGUGCUGGUGUUCAACUGUGACGAGACCUUCGACUUUCAGGCCAUGGGGCGGAUCUUCGUUGGUCUUUGCCAGGUGGGCGCUUGGGGUUGCUUCGACGAGUUCAAUCGUCUGGAAGAGAGGAUGUUGUCUGCUGUAUCACAACAAGUGCAGACCAUUCAGGAGGCCCUCAAGAGCCACCAAGAGGGUGACAACACUUCCAAUAAAUCCAUCACGGUUGAGCUAGUAGGCAAGCAAGUGCGAGUUAGCCAGGAUAUGGCGAUCUUCAUCACAAUGAACCCCGGGUACGCGGGCCGCUCCAACCUGCCGGACAACUUGAAGAAACUGUUCCGCAGUCUCGCCAUGACCACGCCUGAUAGACAGCUCAUCGCUGAGGUCAUGUUGUUCAGUCAGGGAUUCAGAACUGCAGAGAAACUCGCCUGCAAGAUCGUGCCGUUCUUCAAACUUUGCGACGAGCAACUGUCAAACCAGUCUCACUACGACUUCGGUCUGCGAGCGCUCAAAUCCGUGCUCGUGUCUGCUGGUAACGUGAAACGUGAUCGUAUCCAGAAGAUCAAGGAGAACCUUAUUGAACGCGGGCAAGAAGUACCGGAUGAGGCGUCGAUUGCUGAGUCUCUGCCCGAGCAAGACAUCCUCAUACAAUCUGUGUGUGAGACCAUGGUGCCUAAGUUGGUAGCUGAAGAUAUUCCUCUACUGUUCUCACUGCUUAACGACGUAUUCCCGAACGUCGGGUACACUAGAGCUGAGAUGACUGGCCUGAAGAACGAAAUUCGCGCGGUAUGCGCUGAAGAGUUCCUUGUUUGCGGUGAAGGAGACGAACAAGGCUCCACUUGGAUGGAAAAGGUCCUCCAACUAUACCAAAUUUGCAAGUUGAACCACGGUCUGAUGAUGGUCGGCCCUUCGGGAAGCGGAAAAUCUACCGCUUGGCGUGUACUGCUUAAGGCCCUGGAAAGAUACGAGGGCGUUGAAGGCGUGGCUCACGUCAUUGAUCCGAAGGCGAUGUCAAAGGAAACUCUAUACGGAGUACUCGACCCUAACACCAGAGAAUGGACCGACGGUCUUUUCACGCACAUUCUUAGGAAAAUCAUCGACAACGUCCGCGGCGAGAUCAACAAACGUCAAUGGAUUAUCUUCGACGGUGACGUAGACCCGGAGUGGGUGGAGAACUUGAAUUCAGUGUUGGAUGACAACAAGCUGCUGACUCUGCCCAACGGAGAGCGUCUGUCGUUGCCUCCCAACGUGCGAGUUAUGUUUGAGGUGCAAGAUUUGAAGUACGCGACCCUGGCCACCGUGUCUCGUUGCGGUAUGGUCUGGUUCUCACAAGAUGUCCUCACCACGGAAAUGAUCUUUGAGAACUACCUCAUGAGGUUGAAAAACAUUCCUCUGGAAGACGGAGAAGAAGACUCGUUCAGCAUCGUCAUGGCAGCUCCGUCGGGUGAUCAGAACGCCACCGAGAAUAUUCUGUCACCAGCUCUACAGACUCAACGCGACGUAGCGGUGAUCCUGCAGCCACUGUUCUUCGGCGACGGCUUAGUGGUCAAGUGCUUAGAGCGCGCGGCGUCUCUCGACCACAUUAUGGACUUCACCCGCCAUCGCGCGCUAUCCUCUUUACAUUCCAUGCUCAAUAGAGGAGUCAGGAAUAUUCUAGGCUACAACCGCCAACACCCAGACUUCCCUAUAACCAACGAACAACUGGAGGCGUACGUACCCAAAUGGCUGGUUUAUUCCCUGCUUUGGUCAUUCGCUGGCGAUGCCAAACUCAAGGAUCGCAACGAAUUGGGCGAUUUCAUAAGAUCAGCUAGCACGAUGAUGUUGCCAAACUGCGGAACCAACCAACACAUCAUCGACUUCGAGGUGUCGAUAACCGGGGAGUGGGUGCCGUGGUCCGCCAAGGUGCCGCAGAUAGAGGUGGAGACCCACAAGGUGGCGGCUCCUGACGUGGUGGUGCCGACUCUAGAUACAGUCAGACAUGAAGCCUUGCUGUACACUUGGCUCGCUGAGCACAAGCCUCUGGUCCUUUGCGGACCGCCCGGCUCCGGCAAGACAAUGACGUUGUUCUCCGCGCUGCGAGCGCUGCCAGACAUGGAAGUGGUCGGCCUCAACUUCUCAUCGGCCACCACGCCCGAGUUGCUGCUUAAGACCUUCGACCACUACUGCGAGUACAGGAAGACUCCUAACGGCGUCGUACUUGCUCCUGUGCAGCUGGGCAAAUGGCUCGUGCUAUUCUGCGACGAGAUCAACCUGCCGGAUAUGGAUCAGUACGGAACGCAGCGGGUUAUCUCCUUCUUGCGACAGCUGCUCGAACACAAGGGCUUCUAUAGAGCUAGCGAUCACUCGUGGGUACACCUGGAGCGCAUCCAGUUCGUGGGCGCGUGCAACCCGCCGACAGACCCGGGCCGCAAGCCGCUGUCACACCGCCUGCUGCGACACGUGCCCGUCAUAUACGUCGACUACCCCGGCGAGACCUCGCUCGAACAGAUCUACGGUACAUUCACACGCGCGAUGCUCCGCAUGCAACCCGCGUUGCGCGGCUACGCGGAGCCUCUCACUCAAGCCAUGGUGAAGCUGUACCUCGCGUCGCAGGAACGAUUCACGCAAGAUAUGCAGCCGCACUACGUGUACUCGCCUCGAGAGAUGACCAGAUGGGUACGCGGUAUCUGUGAGGCUAUCAGGCCACUAGACAACCUAACAGUAGAAGGCCUAGUGCGGCUUUGGGCACACGAAGCUCUGCGGCUGUUCCAAGAUCGUCUGGUUGACGACACCGAGCGGCAGUGGACUGACGAGAAUAUUGACAACGUUGCCAUGCGAUUCUUCCCAGGUAUCAACAGAGAACAGGCGCUGGGCCGCCCUAUACUGUACAGCAACUGGUUGAGCAAGGAUUACGUGCCCGUACAAAGAGACCAACUACGCGAGUACGUCAAGGCUAGGCUCAAGGUAUUCUACGAAGAAGAGCUGGACGUUCCACUAGUACUCUUCGACGAAGUACUGGACCACGUGCUGCGUAUCGACCGUAUCUUCCGCCAGCCGCAGGGACAUCUGCUGCUUAUCGGAGUCUCCGGCGCCGGCAAAACUACGCUGAGUCGCUUUGUUGCCUGGAUGAAUGGACUCUCCAUCUUCCAGAUUAAGGUGCACAAUAAAUAUACGGGUGCUGAUUUCGACGAGGACUUAAGAUCGGUGCUACGACGCGCCGGCUGCCGUGACGAGAAAGUGGCCUUCAUCUUAGACGAGUCCAACGUGUUGGACAGCGGCUUCCUUGAGAGGAUGAACACACUGCUCGCCAACGGAGAGGUACCCGGUCUGUUCGAGGGUGAUGAAUUUGCAGCCCUGAUGACCCAGUGCAAGGAGGGUGCUCAAAGGGAAGGCUUGAUGCUGGACUCCAAUGAUGAACUCUACAAAUGGUUCACCGGACAAGUGAUGCGCAACCUGCACGUGGUGUUCACGAUGAACCCCUCAUCGGAGGGUCUGAAGGACCGCGCGGCCACCUCCCCCGCGCUCUUCAACCGUUGCGUGCUCAACUGGUUCGGCGACUGGAGUGAUGGAGCGCUAUUCCAAGUAGGCAAAGAGUUCACGACCCGUAUGGACCUGGACUCUGCGGAGUAUAUUUCGCCCGAGCUGUUCCCGGCGGCGUGCGGCGAGGUGGGCGCCCGGCCGCAGCACCGCGAAGCUGUGGUCAACGCCUGCGUCUAUGUGCAUCAGACGCUGCACCGCGCUAACGCACGCCUUGCUAAGCGAGCCAAUAGAACCAUGGCUAUUACUCCCAGACAUUACCUGGACUUUAUCCAGCAAAUGGUGAAAUUGUACGCGGAGAAGCGCGCCGACCUGGAGGAGCAGCAGCUGCACUUGAACGUGGGACUCGGCAAGAUCGCCGAGACUGUGGAGCAGGUCGAGGAGAUGCAGAAGUCACUCGCAGUCAAAUCACAGGAACUGCAAGCUAAGAACGAAGCAGCUAAUGCCAAGCUACGUCAGAUGGUCAAGGAUCAACAAGAGGCCGAGAAGAAGAAGGUGGAAAGCCAGGAGAUUCAAGUUGCAUUAGAAAAGCAAACUAAGGCGAUCGAAGCGAAACGCCGCGACGUAAUGGCGGACCUAGCGCAAGUCGAGCCGGCGGUCAUCGAGGCGCAAAACGCUGUGAAAUCCAUAAAGAAGCAGCAUUUGGUGGAAGUGAGGUCGAUGGGCAACCCGCCGGCCAUUGUGAAGGUGGCGCUGGAGUCGAUAUGCCUGCUGCUCGGCGAGAACGCCACGGACUGGAAGGCCAUCCGCGCCGUCAUCAUGCGCGAGAACUUCAUCAACAGCAUCGUCUCCAACUUCUCCACCGAGGACAUAACUGACGAAGUGCGUGAGAAGAUGAAGACUCGCUACCUCAGCAACCCUGACUACAACUUCGAGAAGGUGAACCGCGCCAGUAUGGCUUGCGGCCCUAUGGUCAAAUGGGCUAUCGCUCAGAUCGAAUACGCAGACAUGUUAAAACGCGUGGAGCCGCUACGUAACGAGCUCAAGGCUUUAGAAGAGCGGGCAGAAGCGAACGUGAAGUCUGGCGAUGAGGUGCGCGAGUUGAUCGCGCAGUUGGAGAAAUCCAUCGCGUCGUACAAGGAGGAGUACGCACAGCUCAUCAGCCAAGCGCAGGCCAUCAAGACUGACCUCGAGAACGUGCAGGCUAAGGUGGACCGCUCAAUAGCGCUGCUGAAGAGCUUGGUUAUCGAGCGCGAGCGCUGGGAGGCGAGCUCGGAGACAUUCCGCUCACAGAUGAGCACAAUCGUCGGAGACGUACUGUUGUCAGCCGCCUUCAUCGCCUACGGAGGUUACUUCGACCAACAUUACCGUCAAAACCUAUUCUCGACGUGGACGAGCCACUUGGCCGCGGCCAACAUCAAGUACCGCGCAGACAUCGCCCGCACAGAGUACCUUAGCAAUCCGGAUGAGAGGCUACGUUGGCAGGCCAACGCGCUGCCAACCGACGAGCUGUGUGUUGAAAACGCUAUCAUGCUCAAGCGCUUCAACCGCUACCCGCUGAUCAUCGACCCGUCGGGCCAGGCCACAGAGUUCAUAAUGCGCGAGUUCAAGGAGCGCAAAAUCACCAAGACCUCCUUCCUCGACGACUCCUUCCGCAAGAACCUCGAGUCGGCACUGCGGUUCGGCAACCCACUGCUUGUGCAGGAUGUGGAGAACUACGACCCGAUCCUGAACCCGGUGCUGAACCGCGAGCUGAGGCGCACGGGCGGCCGUGUGCUCAUCACUCUGGGCGACCAGGACAUCGAUCUCAGCCCCUCCUUCGUCAUCUUCCUCAGCACUAGGGACCCGACGGUGGAGUUCCCUCCGGACAUGUGCUCGCGCGUGACGUUCGUCAACUUCACGGUGACGCGCUCGUCGCUGCAGUCGCAGUGUCUGCACAGAGUGCUCAAGGCCGAGCGCCCCGACAUCGACACCAAGCGAUCCGAUCUUCUCAAGCUGCAAGGUGAAUUCCACCUCCGCCUGCGUCAACUGGAGAAGUCUCUCCUGCAAGCGCUCAACGACGCGAAGGGCAAGAUCCUCGACGACGACUCCGUCAUUGCCACGCUCGAGACGCUCAAGAAGGAGGCUGACGAUAUUGGGCAUAAGGUGGAAGAAACUGAUAAAGUCAUCGGUGAAAUUGAAACUGUUAGCAAAGAAUAUCUGCCACUAUCUCAGGCAUGCAGCAGCAUCUACUUCACGAUGGAGUCGCUGAACCAGGUGCACUUCCUGUACCAGUACUCGUUGAAGAUGUUCCUGGACAUAUUCAGCUCCGUGCUCGUCAGCCCGACCCUCAACGGGCAGUCCGACUACACCGCGCGGUUGAAGAUCAUCACUGAAGAACUCUUCACGGCGGUAUACGAGCGCGUUGCCAGAGGCAUGUUGCACACGGACCGACUGACGUUCGCGCUGCUGCUCUGCCGCAUACAUCUGAAGGGCACAGGCGCUGAGGACACGUUAGAACAACCCUUCGCAGUAUUCUUACGAGGCAAGGAGGGCUUCGUCUCACACACCGCCACUUUGGACUCUCUCACCACGCAACAACAUCAAGCCGCUGCUAGACUUAGCUCCAGGCUGGGCGCGUUCCGCCGCCUGCUGGAGAAGGCGGCCGAGCUGCCCGAACUGUCGGCGUGGCUGGGCCAGGCCGCGCCCGAGCAGUGCGUGCCCACGCUGUGGGAUGCCGACGCGCAGGCGCCGCCCGCACCACACACGCUCGCCAUGUACCGCCUGCUGCUCAUACAGGCAUUCCGUCCAGACCGCGUGAUUGCAGCGGCGACACAACUAGUAGCCUCAGUUCUCGGCAGCAGUUUCAUGGCCAAGGCAGAGACGGAGCUGGAACUGUCCACCAUCACCGAGUCACAGCUCAACGCCACCACUCCCGCGCUGCUCUGUUCCGUACCCGGAUACGACGCUAGCGGUCGCGUGGAUGACAUGGCGACGGAGCUCAACAAGCCGUUAUCCAGCAUCGCCAUCGGUUCUGCGGAAGGCUUCAACCAGGCAGAGCGAGCCAUCAACACCGCCUGCAAGACCGGACGCUGGGUGAUGCUAAAGAACGUACACCUAGCGCCGGUGUGGCUGGUGCAGCUGGAAAAGAAGCUGCACUCGCUGCAGCCGCACCCCAGCUUCCGUCUGUUCUUGACCACGGAGAUUAGCCCCAAGCUGCCCGUCAACCUGCUGCGCGCGGGACGAGUGGUAGUCUUCGAACCGCCGCCUGGCAUCCGCGCUAACUUGCUGAGGACUUUUGCUACGGUACCGGCUGCCCGCAUGAUGAAGGCUCCUUCGGAACGGGCCCGUCUCUACUUCCUGCUGGCGUGGUUCCAUGGUAUCGUACAAGAACGUCUCCGCUACGUGCCGCUUGGUUGGGCGAAGUACUACGAGUUCAACGAGUCUGACCUGCGCGUCGCCUGUGAUACUCUCGAUACCUGGAUCGAUGCCACUGCUAUGGGCCGUUCCAACUUACCCCCGGAGAAGAUCCCGUGGGAGGCGCUAGUGACACUGCUAUCGCAGUGCAUCUACGGCGGCAAGAUCGACAACGCUUUCGACCAGCGGCUGCUGCACUCGUUCCUCUGCAAGCUGUUCACGCCGCGCUCCUUCGAAGCGGACUUUGCGCUCGUCGCCAACGUUGACGGGGCGACAGGCAACCAGCGCCACAUCACGAUGCCGGACGGUAACCGCCGCGACCACUUCCUCAAGUGGAUCGAGGAGCUCUCCGACCGACAGACGCCGUCCUGGCUAGGGCUGCCCAACAACGCCGAGAAGGUCCUGUUAACAACUCAAGGCAGUGACUUGGUAUCGAAGCUGCUCAAGAUGCAGCAACUCGAAGACGAGGAGGAGUUGGCUUACAGCGCUGCUACUCAGGACCAUGACCCGCAUUCGAUCGUGGUGGAGGGCGACGGGCGGCCGGCGUGGAUGAAGACGCUGCACCAGACCGCCACCGCCUGGCUGCAACAACUGCCGCAGGAGCUGCCCACGCUCCGUCGUACGGUGGAGAAUAUCAAGGACCCGCUGUACCGAUUCUUCGAGCGCGAGGUGGCGGCCGGCGCGUCCUUGCUGCAACAAGUGCUGCACGACUUGAGGAACGUCAUCUCUAUCUGCCAGGGCGAGAUGAAGCAAACAAACGAGACACGCGCGAUGGUGGGCUCACUAGUCCGCGGGAUGCUACCGGCAUCUUGGCGGCGCUACGCUGUGGCCCGCGGCUGUACCGUGCAGCAGUGGAUUGGCGACUUCGCGGCCCGCGUGGCGCAACUAGCCGCCGUCUCUGAAGCUGUGGCUGACCGCGGAGCUAAACGGCUACAGAGCAUCCCAGUAUGGCUCGGAGGGCUUCUCAACCCAGAGGCGUACAUCACGGCCACCCGCCAGUGCGUCGCACAGGCCAACUCGUGGUCGCUUGAGGAACUACAUCUACAGGUUACGAUCCCCGACGCGGGCACAACGGCGGAGCAAGCGGCGUCGGAGUGGUCGUUCUCGGUGACGGGGCUGAAGCUGCAGGGCGCCACCGUGCGAGGCAACCGCCUGUUGCUCACCAACACCAUCAUGGUCGACCUACCGCUCACCGUGCUCACAUGGAUCCGCGGCGCGGAGCCGGCGUCGGGCGGGCAGACGCUGACGCUGCCGGUGUACCUCAACAGCGCGCGCUCCGAGCUGCUGUUCACCGUGCGGCUGCCCAUCGCGCCCGGCCAGGAGCCGCACGCCUUCUACGAGCGAGGCGUUGCGCUGCUCACCUCCACCGCACUCAACUAGUGGCACUGGCUACUAUACUACUACAAAUACUCUCAUAACACUACUGUCUUUGAUGACGAAAAAGCUUCGUCACAUUGGAAAACAUAUUUCUAUUUAAUUGCACAAUAUUGUAAGUUAAAUUAUCAAAAGCAUUGCUUGAAAUGUAACCGAAAAUGUAUGCAAUUUUAAUACGCUUUGCAGUUAAAUUCGAUUUAAUCAUAUAUUGAAUAUAAUCCGUAUUUACUUUAAUAAAUUAUUUACAAAAAAGAACCUUUUUAUU